CGUGAGGAUAUAAAUAAGGCGACGAUGUAGACAGGUCAGCAGCGAUAAGACAGAUCAAUGAGCCUCUGAGGGCUGGAGUUAGGCUGUAGCUUUAAAAUGAAACGUGGACAUUAUUCCUGAGACUCUUCUGAGACACGUCCACGCUGAGCUGCGUCCACACACACGCGCUGCUAACGCGAGACACGCGAACCCGAAGGUAAACAAAGAGCGGAGCGGCGCAGCGGGAUGGCCGUUAACAAAGCCAAGGUGGCCGUGGGCUUCAUAGCCGCAGGUGUCGUCGCCGCGGUCCUCGGCAUCGUCCUGGUCUUCGUGGGUCCGGUCAUCAUCGACGACCAGAUAGUGAAGAACAUCGUGAUCAGUCCGAAGAACGAGCUGUCCUACACCAUGUGGAAGGACGUCCCCGUCCCCUUCUUCAUGUCCGUCUACUUCUUCAACGUCCUGAACCCUCAGGAGAUCCUGAAGGGAGAGAAGCCCAUGGUGGAGGAGAGAGGACCCUACGUUUACAGAAAAAGAAUCCAGAAAGACAACAUCACGUUUCAUCCCAACGACACGGUGUCCUACAGAGAGUACAGGCAGUAUUUCUUCGAGCCGUCCAUGUCUGUGGGCAACGAGUCGGACGUGGUCACGAUUCCCAACAUGCUGGUGCUGGGUGCGUCGGUGAUGAUGGAAAAGAUGCCCUUCGCCGUGCGUUUGAUGAUCAGCGCCUCCUUCAAGACGUUUAAGGAGGGGCCCUUCCUGACCAAGACGGUGGGGGAGCUGAUGUGGGGCUACGACAGCGAGCUGGUGGAUUUCCUUAACAAAUACUUCCCCGGCAUGCUGCCCUUAUCGGGCAAGUUUGGCCUCUUUGCUGAAUUCAACAACUCCAACACCGGCCUCUUCACCAUCUUCACGGGACAAGACGACAUCAGUAAAGUCCACGACGUGGACUCGUGGAACGGCCUGACGGAGCUGAGCUACUGGAGGACUCCUCAGUGUAACAUGAUCAAUGGAACCGCUGGACAGAUGUGGCCACCUUUCCUGACAAAAGAGAGCACUCUGUCCUUCUACAGCCCCGACGCCUGCAGGUCUAUGGAGCUCGUCUACCAGCGCUCCGGCAAGAUGAACGGCAUCCCUCUGUACAGAUUCGUUGCACCCAAGACCAUGUUUGCCAAUGGGACGGACUACGCUCCCAAUGAAGGCUUCUGCCCCUGCAGACAGUCGGGGCUGCUGAACGUCAGCACCUGCCGUCACAAUUCUCCAGUCUUUAUCUCACAUCCUCACUUCUAUAAUGCCGACCCUGUGCUGCUGGACUACGUGAUGGGUCUUCAUCCCAGUGAGUCGGAGCAUGGCCUCUUCAUAGACAUCCACCCGCAAACCGGCGUCCCUCUGAAUGUGUCCAUCCGCCUGCAGCUCAACCUCUACAUGAAGAGAGUGACAGGAAUUACAGAAACUGGAAAGAUAUCUGAGGUGGUGAUGCCGAUGAUCUGGUUUGAGGAGAGCGGCUACAUAGACGGCCCCGUCCUCUCCACCUUCUACACCAGCCUGGUCGUCCUUCCUGCCGUCAUGGAGUACAUGCAGUACGGCUUCAUAGCGCUCGGCCUGGUCACCAUCAUCAUCGCCGCCGCGGUGUAUUACAGAGCGAAAAAGAGGUCUAGUGGAAACACCAUUCAGGUCUCCACGGUGGCGGAGAACGUCGGGGCCUCCAAUAAAGAGCUGGUAGAUGGCUUUCAGGGCCACGUAACUCAGGAGAAAAGUAUCAUGAGUAUUUCAGAGAGAUAAAUGUGGAGGUGGCGCCCCCCCACCCGGAGUCUCGGGCCCUUCGACCGAAGAGCGAGACCCUCUGCUCCACAACGACACUGACUGACACACACUGACCUGAACGCACAAACACACACACACACACACACACACACACACACAUAGAACCUUGAACUGAAACUACUGUAACGUCCAUGAAGCUCUGGGCCACAGACUGAAGCUGGAUUAACUGUUUCCUUUGGCCGCUGGAGCGGAGACUGGAAAAGUUUGUGACUGCGUCUGAUCCGGAGCAGGAGUCACUUUGGUUUCUGCUCCUUUCUUUGCUUUAAAUAGAUUUUAGAGAAUCGUUUCUGUAACGAGGGAACAGACGGACGAGCUCCUUCUGUCUCAUGACUGCCAGCCCCACGAUGUGCCUUCACUGAGGAGGAGCCACUCCUCCUCUUCACCUCCUCCUCACCUCCUCCUCACCUCCUCACCUCCUCCUGAGGAGAGGCUUUGUACUGACUAAGGUGUAAAUGUAAAUCUGGAAAUGAGCGUCACGCACACGCGUCUCUCUGUGUCCUGGAUGAAGCGGGAGAGAAGGUGGAGGUAGUAAAUGUUUGAUUGAUGAUCUCAUGGAUGAUGAUGACGAUGAUGAUGAUGAUGAUGAUGUAGUUGUUGUCUGUGAUGACUGAUGAACGAUUUCCGCAUCUUUUUAAAGGAUGUAAAUAUAAUAAAUGUUAAAAUUUAAAGUAAAAA